UGUUGUUGUUGAUGAUGAUGAUGAUGAUGAUUGAUGAUGAUGAUGAUGAUGAUGAUGACGAUUGAUGAUGAUGAUGAUGAUGAUGAUGAUGAUGAUGAGGAUGAGGAGGAGGAGGAGGAUGAGGAUGAUGAUGAGGAUGAUGAUGAUGAUCAUCAGCAGCAGCUGCAGCAGUAGCAGGAGGAGGAGGAGGGGGAGGAGCAGAAGGAUGGCGGCAAGGGAAGAGGAGGAGAGAGUUGUAUUGAUGAUGACGAUCACGAUGAUGAUGAUGGUUCAUGAUGAUGAUUGCUUACGGCUAUGGUGGUAAUGAUGAUGAUGAUGAUGAUGAUGAUGAUGAUGAUGAUGAUGAGGAGGAGGAGGAGGAGGAGAACGAUGAUGACGGUGAUGCUGCUGCUGCUGAUGAUGAUGAGGAGGAGAAAUGGAACGAUGAUGACGAUGGAGGAGGAGGAGGAGGAGGAGGAGGAGGAAGAAGUAACCAGCCGGGUUAUGAUGGCAGCGAUGGCGAUGAUAAUGAGGAUCUGCCUGCGAACAUGCUUGGCUGCUUCGUCAUGGGCUUUGUCGCAAUGGCCUGGAGAGAUAGCCUAAUGUCCUAUUCAGAGGAGGUGUUUGUGGGUCUGACGACGGGGUUCUGCGGGUGCCUCACAACAUUUGCGAGUUGGAAUCAGCGCAUGGCCGCUAUGUUCGCUGCCGGAUUCUGGGUGAGGGGACUGUUGGGCUUGCUGGUUGGGUUUGAACUGUCGUUCAUGUCCCUGUUGAUAGGAAAGGAUGUGGGCAGAGCUGUCAUGGGCGCUGUACGGUUCAGACAUAAGAAUCCGAACGCAGAUGCAGCGGGUUCACCGGCCGCGUUGGAUGGCGGUAGAUCCUCCAGUACCCCUGCUCCCACUUGCAGACGCAAGUACGCGCAGCUAGCAAUCUUUGCGGUUUCCUGGCUUUUGUUGAUGGCGGGGGCCAUUUCUAGAACCGUGACGGACUCCAGCUCGUUCCGUCGGCGCAAGCUGUGGAUGUCGAUCGCCAUCUCGGCUCCGGGUGUCUGGUUGAGGUGGAGGCUGGGGGCUCUAAACCGUCUGUCGCCGGGUGACCCCAAGCGUGAGCUUCUUCGUUGGCUGGCAUGGAUGCCGCUUGGCACAUUUGCCGCCAACAUGCUAGGCGCUGCUGCUUCUGCCAUGCUGUCUGUGCUGGCUCUGGAGUACCCAACCUACUGGCCAAAGCUUGUCACUUCUUCUAUUCAGAUGGGCUUUUCAGGUUGCCUAAGCACAGUCUCAACGUUUGUGUUGGAAGUGCACAAACUCCGGACGUCUCCGAAGAAGCAAUACCAAGCAUGCCCAUUGCAGCACCCAAGUCGAUAUGUCCGCAUUGAGGCACGGCUGCGGAGAAUGAAGAAAGGGCAUUCCAGUGGAAGAACCGCUGCCGCACCAGCAGGAGUAUCAACUGCCUCGGCAGCAGCUUCAGCGGCGCCUUCGUCAGUCGGCAGUGGAGCUGACAGGGAUGCAUUCUUUAGACAGGGUGUGAGGCUUAUCCUAGGAAGAUGGACAGCGCUUCAGCUUGCGGUGGAGAAUGGAUGGGGAGGCAGACAAAGCCAUGCAAAGGAGAUUGCCUUGGGCGAUCAGAUCGUGGACUGGUUCUACUCUACGAAAGAUUUAUACCCGGACGAGCUUGAGAAUCUGUUGGAUAGGGCGAUGACAGACAGUUUCAACACGGAACUCGAUGAUGGGAGCAUUGAACAGGUCGCAGAUGACUUGCUGAACAUGUACGAUGAUUGCAGGGAUUGCAAAUUUGAUAGAGUUCUAAAGCUUGCUGCUUCCGUCGGGAAUAGGUCCGCACUAGCAAGCAGCCAGCGGGUGAAAACUGGAGGCUCGGAGGAUGACGAUGAUGACGAUGACAAUGACGAUGAGGAUGACGACAACGAGAAGGGCGAAAAUGCGAUGGAUGUCAUGGAGGAGGAUACAGCCAGAGGAAGCGAUGGUGCUAGUGCAGCCAGGGGAGUAGGAGGUGAGGAGAUGGAGGUAGAGGUUGGAGGUGGCGCACAGAGGGUAGCUUCCGAAGCUGACGGUCAAUUGGGUGCUGCUGCAGGAAGCCAGGCAGGUUCCAUUGCUGGCGUGCCUGAUGCUGCGGGUCCAGGAUUGACUGCUGAAGAAGUGGCCGAUGGCUGGGAGACUGUGCCAGCAAAGGGGAAGAGAAAGGGGAAAAAAUGAGAGAGAGAGAGAGAGAGAGAGAGAGAGAGAGAGAGAGAGAGAGAGAGAGAGAGAGAGAGAGAGAGAGAGAGAGAGAGAG